AUGUCGAAUAUUAAGAAAUAUAAUGCAAGUGCUAAGUAUCGAAAAAUAAGAAAAGAAAUAAAGAAUGCAGUACAUCUAUCAGAAGUAGAGUGUGCUGCAAAUAGUAAAAAUUUAAAACAAAUCUCAGUUCAAACCCAGAACAUAGUUCACACUGAGAAUAUACCUGAUAUAAAUUUACAAAGGGGUGAGGCAUGCUGCUCUGGUCGUCUUAGGGUUGUUAAUGAUGUUGAAGCCGAAGUUCAACAAGUGUUUGAAAGCUCUGAUAAAUCAGAGGAUAGUAGAGGCUUGAUUACGUUAAAUAAGGCAGAAUCAAUUGAAAAUCAUGAUAAUGAUGAUGAGGAAUCAGAUGAAAGUAAUAUAGCAGAAGCGAAUAGGUCAAAGGAUUUUCUAAAAAAUUGGGCUAUACAGAAUAAUGUUACUCAUAGUGCCUUGACAGAAUUAUUGAAAUGGUUCACCACAAAUCCAAUCAUCUCACAUUUACCAAUAUCUGCUAGAACGAUUUUAAGUACCCCAAAUACUAUAAAUGUAGAAAAACAUUCUAAGGGCGAUUUUUAUUAUUUUGGUUUACAAAAUACCUUAACCAAAUUUGCUUUAAAUUUAAGUUCUGCAAAUCCCGGUGUUUUUCAUUUAGAUUUUGGAAUAGUCGGUUUACCGAUUCACAAUAAUAAUAAUACAUCAUUUUGGCCAAUACUAUGCAGACCAAAUGUUAAUAACAGGACAUUGCCUGUUUUUACUGUAGCAAUUUUUUGUGGAAAAAGGAUUACAAGAAAAAAUAGUCUGUGUCAAGAUAUCAGUGGACAAGAAGUUGAAACCACGAUCAAACUGUGGUUAAGAUCAGCAGGUGACCGACAGGGUAGAAGAGAAAAAAGAAGGACUAAUUCAACUCAACGCUAAUCGAAUUUACUCAGCAA